AUGAAUAGAGACAUACUUUCCAACAUUUUUAAGAAGCUCGACGUAGUGGACGUUAUCAUGGGAGCAUCACGAGUGUGCAUCACUUGGUUCCUUGCCUCUCACGAUAGAACUAUAUGGAACACCAUCAAACUCAACGAUCCUGAUUCAAUCCUCUUAGAUUACCCCCAUGGACAACAUAUGCAGGAUAAUGAUGGAGAAAAACAGCAAGAGUACCCCCUUAGGAAGAUCUUGGUUGAGCUCAACAAAUUUGGUCGUACUGUCCCGAUAAACUUUUUCUUCAACAUGCGUUGCAAUAUACUAGACGAGGAUCUCGCGAUCAUUUCUAAAAGGAUGCCAAACAUUAGAAAACUUGCGUUGCCAAUAAUGAAACCUCUAGAUCUUAAUUCAAUUCAGUCAGCCUUUAGUAAAUGGAAGAAUCUCGAGACGUUGAUUAUUUCACCAUUUACAUUGCAUGAUAACGCCUUUAUCCCUGAGCUUAAAACCAUCGGAGACAACUGUAGAAAUCUUACGACCAUGAAAUUUCAUUGUUCACUGUACAAAGACUUAGCCAAAAUACUUGUUUGUAACUUUCCGAGCCUCGAGAGACUGAGCUUUCGAUGCGGUUGUGUAUGUAGAGAAUCAACUAUAUCGCUCAUCAUCGGCCAUCCGAACCUCAAGAUUCUUAAUCUCUCACAUUGUAUAUUCACGCAACUACAAAGAGACGGGGGAAAUCUAGUGUCAGGAAUGAAACCUAAGGAGGAACUUCUAAAAACGGGCACUCAAAAGCUUGAAAAAUUUAUGCUGUGUUGUCCAGAAGACUGCACAAUUUGCCAAGAUACGUGGAAAUAUACAAUUAGUCCCCCACGUCAUAAGCCUGAGUUUCAUAACUUUUGGGAAAAGCAAUGGAAAACUGAUGAAAUAAAAGAUUUUGAGUUUUGA